AGUCGCCAUAACUGUGACACUCGUUCCUUUGUGCUUCACUGGACACAGCAGUCAUCAGCUGGAAGAGCAGCUCCAGGCUCAGUCCAUGCUGGAUGCAGGAACAGGCAGCCAGCCAAUCAAGCAGGGAUGCUAAGGAAGGAGGAAAUUUGGGAGACGGGGCACAGCUAAUAUCCUGAGCACCUUGUGCCCUUGACUUCUCUGUGGGCUUGAGAAAGGACGGCCCUACUUCAGGAUGAACCCUCCUUCAGGGCCCAGAACCCAGGAGCCCAGCUGUGUGGCCACCCCAGCUUCACCCAGCAGGUGGGACGGCUACCGGAGCAGCACUUCCAGCCUGGACCAACCUCUACCCAUCAGUCCCACGGCAGCCAGGGCUCAGGCUGCUGCCUGGAUACCUUUUCCCACAGUUGAUGUUCCAGACCAUGCCCACUACACCCUGGGCACAGUGAUCCUGCUGGUGGGGCUCACAGGGAUUCUGGGCAAUCUGAUGGUCAUCUAUACUUUCUGCAGGAGCAGAGGACUCAGGACACCUGCCAACAUGUUCAUUAUCAACCUCGCGGUCAGUGACUUUUUCAUGUCCUUCACCCAGGCCCCUGUCUUCUUCGCCAGCAGCCUCCAUAAGCGGUGGCUCUUCGGGGAGGCAGGCUGCGAGUUCUAUGCCUUCUGUGGGGCUCUCUUUGGCAUCACCUCCAUGAUCACCCUGAUGGCCAUUGCUCUGGACCGCUACCUGGUGAUCACGCACCCACUGGCCACCAUCGGGGUGGUGUCCAAGAGGCGGGCGGCGCUUGUCCUGCUGGGCGUCUGGCUCUAUGCCCUAGCCUGGAGUCUGCCACCCUUCUUUGGCUGGAGCGCCUACGUACCAGAGGGGCUGCUGACCUCCUGCUCCUGGGACUACAUGAGCUUCACGCCAUCAGUUCGAGCCUACACCAUGCUGCUCUUCUGCUUUGUGUUCUUCUUGCCCCUGCUGGUCAUCGUCUACUGCUACAUCUUCAUCUUCAGGGCCAUCCGGGAGACAGGCCAGGCUCUCCAGACCUUCAGGGCCUGCGAGGGUGGUGGUAGGUCCCCCCGGCAACGGCAGCGGCUGCAGAGAGAGUGGAAAAUGGCCAAGAUCGAGCUGCUGGUCAUCCUUCUCUUCGUGCUCUCCUGGGCCCCCUACUCCAUUGUGGCCCUGAUGGCCUUUGCUGGGUACGCGCAUGUGCUGACACCCUACAUGAACUCGGUGCCAGCUGUCAUCGCCAAGGCCUCUGCCAUCCACAACCCCAUCAUUUAUGCCAUCACCCACCCCAAGUACAGAAUGGCCAUUGCCCAGCACCUGCCCUGCCUGGGGGUGCUGCUGGGCGUGUCGGGCCAGCACACUGGCCCCUACGCCAGCUACCGCUCUACCCACCGCUCCACACUCAGCAGCCAGGCCUCGGACCUCAGCUGGAUCUCUGGACGGAGACGCCAGGCAUCCCUAGGCUCAGAGAGUGAGGUGGGCUGGAUGGACACGGAGGCCGCAGCUGUGUGGGGGGCUGCGCAGCAAGUGAGUGGACGGUUCCCCUGCAGUCAGGGCCUGGAGGACAUGGAAGCCAAGGCCCCUGUCAGGCCCCAGGGACGGGAAGCAGAGACGCCUGGGCAGGCGAUGACAAUGGCGAUGGCUCCGUGGGACACGCCAGCUAAUUACGAGCUGCCGCUGCACCCGGGCUGGGCAUUUCACUGACGUGGGCAGGCCGGCACUGCAUCUCCCGCGGCCAGCAGUUGAAGCCGAGCACAGACUUUCAUGCGCCGGAAUCUGUUCUUCACCGCUAUCCCCUUCCUGCUUCCCCAGUGCUAUUUCUGCCAUGGCCCACCCUCUUGUGCACACAUACAUUUUCGGGCACACUCUUCUACCUGCACAUGUCUGCAUGCCCACCAAACACACGUGUGCACACACUGCACCUGUGGCGUGUCUCAAAUCAGUGACCUAAGAUCAUCCCAGGGCUGUAUCGCUCUGACAGCGUAUAGGAAAAUAAAAAGCAGAGAAGCAUGGUCUUC